GUGGGCUCGCUCUAAUUGGCGGCCGUAAAAGAGAAAGGAAGUAUUUAGUUCACUCCGAGGUUUCAUUGGAAGAGAAAGUCGAAGAUUGUUUAGCUAGAUCAGGGUUGAUUCUCAAGUAGCUGUCUUUUUAUUUUUUAACCCAAACAGAAAAACCUCAACUCUUUGACAAUGGCUUUUACCAAGGGUCCUUCCUACGGAUUAUCAGCGGAAGUCAAAAACAAGAUCGCACUAAAGUACGACAACCAGAAAGAGGAGGAGCUGAGGGUGUGGAUCGAAGACACCACCGGCGCUUCUAUCGGCCCCGACUUCCAAAAAGGCCUGAAGAGCGGAGUCAUUCUGUGCGACCUUAUCAACAAACUUGCCCCAGGCUCUGUGAAAAAGGUCAACCAGUCAGCGCUCAACUGGCAUCAGCUGGAGAACCUGACGAACUUCAUCAAAGCCACCACGGCGUAUGGCCUCAAGCCUCAUGAUCUCUUCGAGGCCAACGACCUGUUUGAGAACGGCAACAUGACGCAGGUCCAGACAACGCUGCUCGCGCUCGCAAGCAUGGCCAAAACCAAGGGCUGCCAGCCACGGGUGGACAUUGGGGUGAAGUACGCUGACAAGCAGGAGAGGAUGUUUGAUGAUGAGAAGAUGAAGGCUGGACAGUGCGUCAUUGGCUUACAGAUGGGGACCAACAAGUGCGCCAGUCAGAGUGGUAUGAACGCUUAUGGCACCAGGAGGCACUUAUAUGACCCCAAAGUUCAAAUCCAGCCCCCGAUGGACAACACGACCAUCAGCCUGCAAAUGGGAACCAACAAGGGAGCGAGCCAGGCUGGGAUGACGGCUCCAGGGACAAGGCGUGCCAUUUACGACCAGAAGCUGGGCACAGACAAGUGUGACAACAGCACCAUGUCCCUACAGAUGGGCUACAGCCAAGGAGCCACCCAGAAAGGCCAGAACUUUGGCCUGGGGCGGCAGAUCUAUGACGCCAAGUACUGUCCUAAAGCUGGAGAGGUUGCAGAUGAUCAAAACGGGGCAGGAAUCGCCCGUGACUUCCCAGAUUUCCACGAUGAGGGUUACCAAGGUUACCACGAGGAAGAGCAGGUGUACCAAGACGAUGGAACAGAUUACUAGAAGGAAGGAAGGAAGGAAGGAGGGAGGGAGGGAGGGAGGGAGCUGAGGAAGGGAAAGAGAGAUUGUCUAAAGGAGGCAUGUUCUGCAGAAAGCUGAAACUCCUUAAGGGCUUAUUUUUUAUAUCCACAGGAUGUUGCACCUUUCUGUUUUGGUCAUAUCCUUUUGUAGUAUUGUUUUCUUAGCCCUGUUUGUGCGAAACCGAUGUUAGACAUAUCAUGAUGAACUGCAUUCCUGUGAUUUUUGUAUUUAAAGUGACCACAAAAGCCAAUCUAUUUGGCUUAGCUAGUGUUUUUUUAUUCCAGGGAUUUUCUUUUAAUGUGCCAAAGCCCUACUAUUCUUUCUUUUGUCAGUGUUUCUUUUGCUCACUCGUUAGUUACAUUAAGGGAGGUUCCUAUUUUUUGGUAAGGGCAACAUGAAACUAAAAGUGGAACCUUUAGGGAGUUUUUUUUUAAGAAACUGUUCUUUUGUAUCUGUAAUUGCGGAAUCAUCUGUAUAACAACGUAAUUCCUGUGAAUGAGACUGUACAUGCGUUUGAUACUUCAGUAUCCUCUUCAUCCCCUCAGUAUUGGUCAGUAACAGACAAUAGAUACACUUUUGGUUGUUCGGACAGACGACAAUUUUAGAACAAACUAGUCUUACCUUUUUCAUAUUCUGGCUUUUCUCAUUCAUUUCACUUUUUUUUUUUUUUUUUUUUAAGAGAAAAUAUUCCCUUGUUUGCAUAACCAGUCCAACUAGAGUUAAGCUUGUUUUCUUUGGAGUAAAGCUGGUGGGGGAAGUGGAUCCAAUAGCACAGGUUAAGUUUUUAACAUUCCAAGCAAGAAUACUGGACUCCUUUUUUUUUUUUUUUUUAUUGUGUAAGUGAAUCAGUUUGAAAUAUUGAUUGAUAUGCAAACCAAUCAUGCAAUUAUAUUUGAUCAUUCCAAGAUUAUUAUUUAUGCAUAUUUGUGAUUUGAAUGGGGGUUGUUUUGUACCUUGACUGAAUAACAUUUGGUAUUGACUAUACUUUUUCCUGUGGUAUAAUCCUUAUGCCAGUUUUUUUUAUUUUAUUUUUUUUAUUGAGAACUAUGUUUGUGUGAAUACGGUGUAAUAAAGAUGUGUAUUCCUUA